CUUCUUCCCCAAAUUCGUAUCCGAAAGUCGAAGUUUCCAUGGUCGAAAAUCAGCAAAAAUGCCAGGUGUUACGUACGACGUACCGUUGAUUUUACCAGGCUUACGUAAAGAGGAGUCCGUAUUUCAAAUGGUCAAUGCAUUGGAGUAUUUACAACAAGUUUCCAAUGAUGUAUUUUCGAAAAUCGAGAAGCGUGUUGCGGAAAAUCGCGAGCAGAUCGCAGCCAUCGACAGGCGAGCCAACCUCGCUUUGGCGAAAAUCGAGAAGAUCCGCGGAAGCAGGAAAGCGAUCAGGGUCUUUUCGAGCGCAAAAUAUCCAGCCCCGGAUAAACUAGAGAUGUACACAUCUCUACACACUUGUGAUGGCUUAGACGAUAACCCCCUUCCCAGUGUUGAUCAAAAUUAUCACGUAGCAAGCAAAUUCCCGAAAGCUGACCACAACAGCCUCAAGGAGAAGCUGCAAUUCUACAACGUUCAACUGAAUACGUCUAAACGAAAAACCGAUAGGGCAGAUCAGGGUCUGGGCGGAUUACCGAAGGAUAUCACAUCUAUUAGUUCGCUUCUUCUUUUCAACACAACCGAGAAUCCUUACAAGAAAUAUGUGAUUUUGGAUCCCCUGGAAGGUGCAGUCACUAAGACCAGGAAAGGCCUGGACGAAGAGGAUGAGGACCUAGCUGCUGCGCCGGUGACCAUCACGAACCGGGAAGAAAUGGAUCUACUUGGUCUGACCAAUUACUUUUAUGUUCCAAACCUUGGGGAUGUUCCAGAACUUGAUGUACCAGUGCAUCUUCCAGAUUUACCUGGUAUUGCCGAUGAUCUGGCUUGGAGUGCAGACCUUGGUCCAUCUAUUGCACCAUCCGUCCCUGGAUCCAAUGUCCCCGAACUACCUGAAGUGAUCCCCGAAGAACCUGCCCCAGCUGCCCAACCUAACACUGAAAGUUCAUCAUCAUCCCUAUAUACUCCCCCUCCACCACCCCCUCCAGACCCUGGAGUCCCACCACCACCUCCUCCACCACCACCACCUCAACCCAUGGAAGUUGAAAGCCCUGGGCCUACGGCACCAGGUCCAGCCCCAACUGAAGUUGCUCAGCCAGAAAGCAACGGUGACGGAGGUGGUGGUAGAGCGGACUUAAUGGCGGCGAUCAGAAAUGCGGGUGGUGCAGGCAAAGCCAAACUAAAGAAGGCCAAAGAACGAAAGCAGAAAAAACGGGCUGAAAAGGAGCAGCCCGCUAGCGGCGGUGGAGAUCUCAUGACCGACCUGUUUGCAAAAUUACAAAUGAGAAGGAAGGGUAUAUCAGGGUCAAGAGGGGAUAGAGGAGGGGAUGAAACUGGUGGAGGGUCCGCAAUGGAUAAAAUAUCCUCAAUGAUCCCUCCUCCCAGCAACAUGAGCGGAUCAUCUUUGGCCAACGACAGUGGGGAAUGGGACGCGUGAUAUAAUCAUUUUUGAAUUACUAAAUAAUCGAUUCAAUCACACAUGUAAUUGUAAAUAACCCGGUUUAGGCGGUUCUGAGAAACAAUAAUAACUUCCAAGAAAAAGGCAUAGGUUUGACUUUUGAGUUAACCAGGAUGAAUUCUGACCCUGGUUAGUUUGCCUGGUAUAAACGCAAACGGGACAGCCCACUGCAUACCAAUAUCAUAGUUCACCUUUUUUCUAAACUGUUAGUAUAAGGCUAUGUCGUUGAUUUAAUCUGUUGUCUUCUCGCAUUAAAAGUUAA